GCGGGAUUUUUUCCCUUCAACAUGGCGCCGGCAGCAGCAGAAGCAAAGAAAGAAAAGGAGACAAAAAAAGAAGAAAACAAGACUAAAGAUGAGCCGAAAAAAGAAGAAGAGCUAGAAUUAAGCGAAGAAGAUCGCCAGCUUCAAGAAGAGCUGAACAUGUUGGUCGAGAGACUUUCGGAAUCCAACGUUGGCCUUCACAAACCGGCACUAGAAGCGCUAAGGACACAGAUACGAGCAAGUACGAGCUCAAUGACGUCUGUACCAAAACCACUAAAGUUCCUUAGGAAGCAUUAUACUGGGCUGAAAGAGAUUUAUGCAAAAUGGCAAGAUGGUGAAAAUAGACAUUUUUUAGCUGACAUCAUAUCAGUUCUGGCAAUGGUGAGUGAAAGCCGAGAGUGUCUUAAAUUCAGAAUGCUUGGUUCAAAAGAACCCCUUGAAUCUUGGGGACAUGAAUAUGUCAGGCACUUAUCAGAAGAAAUUAGAGCUGAGUACACAGAAAAAAUGCUAAAAGAAAUAGCUGUGGAACAACUGGUGGCCUUAGCUAUGGAGAUUAUACUGUAUGACAUGCAGCACAAUGCCGAGACUGAUGCCUGUGAUUUACUGAUGGAGAUUGAACAACUGGAUAAGCUGGAAAAGCAUACAGAUGAGAAUAACUUCCAGAGAGUCUGUCUCUAUCUAACCAGUUGUGUUAACUAUGUGCCUGAACCAGAGGAUUCAACGUUACUCAGGACAGCACUCAGUAUAUUCAGGAAAUUCGACAAACUACCAGAAGCUCUAAACCUGGCCAUUCAACUUAAUGAUAUUGAACUCGUUAAGGAGAUAUUUACAUCUUGUGCAGGAGUAGAGGAAAAGAAGCUGAUUCAGCGUCAGAUGGCAUUCAUGUUGGCCAGACAGCAGGUGUUCCUUGAACUGGAUGAAGACAUGGAUGAUUAUGAGGAUAUCAUGGAAAUCAUGUCUAACUCACUGUUGAACAAGAACUUCCUGAGUUUAGCAAGAGAGUUGGACAUUAUGGAACCAAAAGUUCCUGAAGACAUCUACAAAACUCACCUUGAAAAUAAAGGAAUAUCUAGUGGUGUGUCUUUAGACUCUGCUCGACAAAAUCUUGCAUCUUCAUUUGUCAAUGCCUUCGUUAAUGCUGGCUUUGGUGCGGACAAACUCUUAACAGAGGAUGGAAAUAAAUGGAUUUACAAGAACAAGGAACAUGGUAUGAUGAGUACAACUGCUUCUCUUGGUUUGAUAUUGCUAUGGGAUGUCGAUGGAGGCCUUACGCAGAUAGACAAGUACCUCUACUCAUCUGAAGACUACAUCAAGGCUGGUGCAUUAUUAGCUUGCGGCAUUGUAAACUCAGGUGUUCGUAAUGAGUGUGACCCCGCAAGAGCUCUUCUGUCAGACUAUGUUUUACAUAACAGCAAUAUCAUGAGACUUGGAUCUGUCGUUGGUCUUGGCCUUUCUUAUGCUGGAUCCAAUAGAGAAGACAUCCUUUCUCUUAUCCUCCCAGUACUGAGUGAUUCUAAAUCAACUACAGAGGUUAUUGGUAUGGCUGCCGUGGCCUGUGGUAUGGUUGCCAUAGGAACCUGUAAUGUAGAAGUGACGUCAUCCAUCCUUCAAGCCAUGAUGGAACAAUCAGAGACACAAGUUAAAGACAACUUCACACGGUUCCUUGCUUUGGGUCUAGGCCUGACUUUCCUCGGCAAACAAGAAGCUGUGGAAGCUACUCUUGAAGCUUUGAAAGUACUUCCACAACCACUCGGAAAAUGGGCUUCAAUAUUAGUAGAAAUAUGUGCAUAUGCAGGAACUGGAAAUGUCCUAAAAAUCCAGAAGCUACUUCACAUAUGCAGUGAACACUUUGAUCACAAAGAAGGUGAAGAAAAGGAGAAAUCCAAAGACAGCAAGGACAAGGAUAAAGACAAGAAGGAAGAGGAGAAAGAAGAAGAUGGCAGUCACCAGGGUAUUGCUGUGCUCGGCAUUGCACUGAUUGCCAUGGCAGAAGAGAUUGGUUCUCAGAUGGCAUUGAGAGCUUUUAACCACUUGUUGCAAUAUGGUGAGCCAGUGAUUAGAAGAGCUGUACCCCUUGCUCUUGCGAUGCUAUCUGCAUCCAACCCCCAGCUACCCAUUGUAGAUACGCUAAGUAAACUGUCUCAUGACAGUGAUGCCGAGGUAGCUCACAAUGCUAUCUUCUCUAUGGGAAUAGUUGGUGCAGGUACAAAUAAUGCUCGCUUGGCUGGAAUGCUGCGCCAACUUGCAAUGUACUAUCAUAAGGAUGCUAAUAACUUAUUUAUGGUUCGACUUGCUCAGGGUCUGGUACAUAUGGGUAAAGGCACACUCACAGUUGGUCCAUACCAUAGUGAUAGGAAUCUUCUAAUGCCAGUAGCUGUUGGAGGGCUUUUGACUACGCUGACAGCAUUCCUUGAUGUCAAAAAUGUAAUACUUGGAAAGUCACACUACACUUUGUUCCAUCUCGUCUCGGCUAUUCAACCUAGAAUGUUGGUAACGUUUGACUCCGAGCUCCAGCCAUUACCCGUAACAGUCCGCGUAGGACAGGCCGUGGAUACUGUCGGACAAGCAGGAAAACCCAAAUCUAUUACUGGCUUCCAAACUCACACUACACCUGUCCUUCUCGCAAACGGUGAAAGGGCGGAACUCGCAACUGAAGAAUAUAUUUCACUGGCGCCAGUCAUGGAAGGAUUCGUUAUACUCAACAAAAACCCAGAUUACGAGAAAGAAGCUCUAGGUUGAAGACUGAACAGCAUUAGAUAAAUCUCGAUACAAAAACCAAUAUCCCUUAUAUCACGCAACUUUAAACCGGAGUGCAAAUUUUGAGUGAGAAAUAAAUACUCGGACUACGCACUCCGUGCUGUGCUUUUCCAUUUAAGGUAGCCUGUAAUCCAUUGGUUUUGAGUCACCCUUAAAAAUUUUUGGUUUGAUCUGAGAGUUAGUUCCCUAGCAGUCUUUCUCGUAGACAAUUUUUGGCUGAGAAAAUCUCCAACAAAGGAGACUCUGUUACAGGAAGUGAGUUAGCUGUGCCUGAUUCAGCUAGCCCUGACUUAGAUUAGCUCAGAGCGGUUGUUUCAGGGUUCGAUCUGUGCGUUAGCCAUCCCAUUCAGUAGAUCAUCCCAGAGAUUUUUUCAGGUUUGUGAGUUAGCCGUGCACAAGAUCAGCCCAGAGGUUGUUGCAGGGCUCGAUCUUUGAGUUAGCCAUGCCCUGACUUAGACCACCUCAUAGGUUGUGAGGUUAUAUAUCAAUAUCGAAUCCGAGGGGUUCCAAACACCAAGAAACUGAAAACUGAUGACAACAUGACUCCAAAAUCCUGAUUCCAGAUUACCUUGAAGAACUAAAAGCCAUCUCUUUAUGGAUUAUUUUUGGUCACUAGGAAAGCAUUGCUCCAGUGUCUGAAUAACAGGAUCUUGCACAGGCUUACCAGACUUAUGCUGGGUUUCCUGUGUUAUCGUUGGUCUCCUUUGGCGGCGUAAGUUCGUUAUGUGAUUUCCAGCUUCACAAGAUAUAGUUUCGGUUGAUGUUUUCGCAAUAAAAAGAUGUAAAAUAAA